AUGGGUCCUCGGAAAGCUCUUCUCUUCUCCCCUUUCCUCCUGUGGAGUCAAAGUAGAGGGGUGCGGCUCAUGUUCUUGUUACUCACCCUGCACCUGGGAAACUGUGUUGUUGAUAAAGCAGAUGAUGAAGAUGAUGAGGAUUUAACAGUCAACAAAACUUGGGUUUUGGCACCAAAGAUUCAUGAAGGAGAUGUAACACAAAUUCUCAAUUCAUUGCUUCAAGGCUAUGACAAUAAACUUCGCCCCGAUAUAGGAGUGAGGCCAACAGUAAUCGAAACCGAUGUUUAUGUGAACAGCAUUGGACCAGUUGAUCCCAUAAAUAUGGAAUACACGAUUGACAUAAUUUUUGCCCAAACCUGGUUUGACAGUCGUUUAAAAUUCAACAGUACCAUGAAAGUGCUUAUGCUUAAUAGUAAUAUGGUUGGAAAAAUCUGGAUUCCUGACACUUUCUUCAGAAACUCAAGAAAAUCUGAUGCUCAUUGGAUAACAACUCCCAACCGUCUGCUUCGAAUUUGGAACGAUGGGCGAGUUCUGUACACUCUACGGUUGACAAUUAAUGCAGAAUGUUAUCUUCAGCUUCAUAACUUCCCUAUGGAUGAACACUCCUGCCCACUGGAAUUUUCAAGCUAUGGAUACCCUAAAAAUGAAAUUGAGUAUAAAUGGAAAAAGCCUUCUGUAGAAGUGGCUGAUCCUAAAUAUUGGAGAUUGUAUCAGUUUGCAUUUGUAGGGUUGCGGAACUCAACUGAAAUUUGCCACACAAUCUCUGGGGAUUAUGUUAUCAUGACUAUUUUCUUUGACCUGAGCAGACGAAUGGGGUAUUUCACCAUUCAGACCUACAUUCCAUGUAUUCUGACGGUUGUUCUUUCCUGGGUGUCUUUUUGGAUCAAUAAAGAUGCCGUGCCUGCAAGAACCUCACUGGGCAUCACUACCGUUCUGACGAUGACUACUCUGAGUACAAUAGCCAGGAAGUCGUUACCGAAGGUUUCCUACGUGACCGCCAUGGACCUCUUCGUUUCUGUGUGUUUCAUCUUUGUUUUCGCAGCCUUGAUGGAAUACGGCACUUUGCAUUAUUUUACCAGCAACAAAAAAGUAAAGACGGCUAGAGACAGAAAGAUAAAAAGCAAGGCCUCGAUAUCCCCUGGACUCCACCCUGGAUCCACUCUGAUCCCAAUGAACAGCAUCUCUCUGCCACAAGGAGAAGAUGACUACGGGUACCAGUGUUUGGAGGGCAAAGACUGUGCCAGCUUCUUCUGCUGCUUUGAGGACUGCAAAACAGGGUCAUGGCGGGAAGGGAGGAUUCACAUACGCAUUGCCAAAAUUGAUUCCUACUCACGAAUAUUUUUCCCAACAGCUUUUGCUCUGUUCAAUCUGGUUUAUUGGGUUGGGUAUCUUUACUUAUAA